AACACCACAAACUUAUGUUUUCUAAUAUCCUAAACUUAUUUGCUUGUUCCUAUUACCAACAAUGAUUCCCUCACUCUCUCUCCUCCUCCUCCUCCUCCUCACUCUCCACCCUCACCGCGCUUUCGCCGCCCACUGCACUGCCACCACCGCCACCAAAACCUUCGAAAAAUGCAUGCCGUUACCCUCCCAAGAAGCAUCGAUAGCAUGGACGUUCCAUAGACAUAAUUCAACUCUCGAGUUGGUAUUCACGGGUAGUUUUAUAUCGCCUUCGGGUUGGGUUGCAUGGGGUAUAAACCCGAACUCGCCUGAAAUGACCGGAACCCGAGCCCUAAUCACCUUCCCGGACCCAAACUCGGGCCAACUCGUCCUACUACCUUAUAUUUUAGACCCAACAGUGAAAUUACAAAAGAGCCCAUUACUUUCCAGGCCCCUUGACAUCCAUCUAUUAUCCUCUUCUGCUGCAUUAUAUGGUGGACAAAUGGGUACGGUCCACAAUGGUGCCACCAUUCAAAUAUUUGCUACAUUAAAACUUAAACCAAACAAGACCAAGAUCCAUCAUGUGUGGAAUAGAGGCUUAUAUGUCCAAGGCUACUCUCCCACCAUCCAUCCAACCACCAUUAACGACCUUUCUUCGGUCACCACCAUCGACGUCUUAUCGGGCCUAUCCGCGUCCGGCCCAAAUACCAACAUCAAAACCUUAAAACUCGUUCACGGUAUAACCAAUGCAAUAUCAUGGGGGGUCAUGUUACCAACCGGAGCAGUCACUGCGCGUUACCUACGCCACAUACAAUCACUCGGGCCUACGUGGUUUUACGUGCAUGCCGGGAUUCAACUUUCUGCUUUUCUCCUAGGAACCGCAGGAUUUGCUAUUGGGAUCCAUUUGGGCCAAAUGUCACCAGGCCGGGUCUAUGGGCUACACCGAAAGCUCGGGUUUGCAGCAUUCUUUUUGGGUAGUCUUCAAACAUUGGCAUUGUUGUUUAGGCCCAAGACUACUAAUAAGUUUAGGAAGUAUUGGAAAUCAUACCAUCAUUUUGUAGGGUAUGCAUGUGUGAUCAUAGGGGUUGUGAAUGUGUUUCAAGGUUUUGAAGUUAUGGGUGAAGGAGGGUCUUAUGCUAAGUUGAUGUAUUGUUUGUGCUUAGCUACAUUGACUGGAGUUUGUGUAGCUUUAGAAGUGAAUUCUUGGGUGAUUUUCUGCAGAAAAUCUAAGGAAGAAAAGUUAAGAAGAGAUGGGAUUUUAAGGGGUCAUGAAAAAACUAUUGGAGAUGAGACACAUGAUCGACACUAGCCUCCAAGUUUUAUGUAUUGUCCCUUUGAACAAAUUUUGUCUGUAAUGUUUCGAAUUUUUUUUAAUAGGAACGAGACAGGUACUUGUAUGUGCCUUUUGGAACUUCUUGUACUUUUAGACAGUUCACAACCUCUUUGAGCGACUUGGUAAGUUUGCUUGGGUGGUAAUCGAAUUCCAAAGAGUUUCGUGAAAAAAUGGUUAAGUUUGGUGAAAAACUCUAUGGAAUUCGCCUGCCACCCAAACAAACUUGUUGAGCUUGCUUACAGGGUAGCGAACUACCUAGAAGUAAAAGAAGUUCCAUAAAAACAUCUAGAAGUACCAAUUUCGUUCCUGAACAACCUACUUCUACAUAACAUACAUAAUCUUUCUUA